AUGACAGCAGCUCCUCCUCUGGAUUGCCGGCUCUCCAAGAACCUUAUGGUUAAAACAGUUCUGUUUCUGAACACAAGGAGGAUGCUGAUCAGCAAUCCCUUCAAGGAGAGCGUGAGAAAAGGACUCAACCAAGUGCUGAGACAAGCUUUCAACCAAAAUGUCAGUGCUCAGGUUGAAAUCCUGGAGCAAUCAAACAAUGUAACAGUUGGUUACUACGUUACACGGGGCAGACUGGUUUUUAUACCGGCUGCUGUAAUUGAAAGGCUCCUUGCGUACGGCAUCAGCAAUGCCACAGCAGACAUAAAGCAGCACGUACCACAUCUCCAGUCCGUGGCGGCCCUGGCCUUGCCGUGGAAGCCCCUUCCUGCAUACCACUUCCAGCUGAAAACAGAGCUGCAGUUUGUGGGUCAAACAGACAAUAUACAGUCAUGCAAAUUUGUUCAGACCAUGGAGCAACGGUUACAGAGAGCGUUUCAGGAUGCUGAGAGAAAGGUCUUAAACACCAGCAACAACUUAACAGUUCAGAUUUUGAACACCUCCAAUGUCUCCCAAGCUGUCACUCUGUUUUAUGUAGUGAACAAUCAAAGCACAACUCUAAAUGGCACUAUUUCCAGCAACCUUCUUAAUCAGCUGUCAGCUGAGCUGGUGGGUUUCUAUCUAACCUACCCGCCUCUCACCAUUGCAGAAUCUUUGGAGUAUCCAAACCUUGAUGUCUCAGAGUCAACUAGAGACUACUGGGUGAUAACAGUUAUUCAAGGGGUUGAUAUUGCAUUACUGGGACUGAACAAUCAGAGCUUUGCAAGAUUAAUGGAGCAGCGUUUGGCCCCGCUGUUUAUGAUGUCCCAACAGCAAGGAAGACGAUUCAAACGUGCCACUACUGUGGGCAGCUACACUGUACAGAUGGUGAAAAUCCAACGUAUUCCAGGACCCAAGGAACCGGCUGAACUGACAUACUAUACUUUAUACAACGGGAAACCUUUGCUGGGCACUGCAGCUGCCAAAAUUUUGAGUACUGUUGACUCCCAGCGGAUGGCCUUGACACUAGGUUAUGUUAUUCAAGUUCAAGCUGAUC